AUGAAGGAGGUGCAAGGCGUGGUGGAGGUCGCUGCCAUGAAGGAGGUGCAAGGCGUGGUGGAGGUUGCUGCCAUGAAGGAGGUGCAAGGCGUGGUGGAGGUUGCUGCCAUGGAGGAGGUGCAAGGCGUGGUGGAAGUUCAUGCCAUGAAGGAGAUGGUGCAAGAGCAAGAGAUGGUACGCAAAACCUACUCCAACCCGACCUCAACUUGUGAGGUGUGCAUUCAUCCGGCUUUGUGCCUCAAGUGUGGCAUCCGUGGUGAGGCUUCUAUAUUCCUUUGCUCGGGGUGUAGGCUCCCGGUUCCAAAAGAUUUACGUUCUUGCACCUCGUGUGGAAAUCCUUGCCUGUGUGACAAUUAUUGGUGCAAGGAUUGUGCGAUUACGGCGGCGAUAAACAAAGAUGGGAUAUGCAUAAGGUGCCGUCGCAACCCAUCUAUCUAUCUCGAGGAGGAAAAGAAAGCGCAUAAUGUGCCGGAUAGUCAAGUUUAG